AUGGUGGAUAAGAAGAAGAGAGACGUCGCUGGUGGUUGUCAAGAAGAAGUUGUCCAGAGCGGACGAGCUGAGAGCGACGUUAGUUUAGAGAGGGGUGGUAUUUCGGCCGAAAAACCGUCUCCCCAAAAACCUGAGGCACCUAACUGGGUUCCUACCCCGAACCAUAAACAUUACGCCGGCCAUGCCUCACCUACCUACCCCGACAUUGAAUAUAGGACGUCAUUUGCAAGGACUGAGACGCGCCAUGGACUGCCAAAUAAGUGGCGAAGAAGAUUACUGCCGCGACAAGGAUCGCGCUGGGCAACCUUCAGACCAGAUCUACGCGCGCUACACGCUGCACCUGUGAACACGCUAUACAAACGAAAGGCAGAUAAGGUUCAACCUGUGAGCUCGUCAGAGUCCGAUGGCUCUAUUCCUGCCGGGAACCCUGACUGGCAGAGGAUUUGCCUGGAGAAAUACCACACCCGGUACCGCGCAACUGACAUCCAAUCCGAGUUCGAUGACCUACUGCAUCCGCGAAUUGCUACGAUUGCGAGAGGUGCCCGACUGACCCCUGAGAGAGAAGCAACCAUGCUUGUGGGAAACGGAUUAUUGCCGCGAGAGAAGCUGCUGCUACGCGAACUACUGUUUAAGAGGGAGGGAGUGCUGGCUUGGAGCUGGGACCAUAUGAGCCGGAUUCGACCAGAGGUCAUGCCUGCUCAGCGUAUCAAGACCGUUCCCCAUGAAGCAUGGCAACAUCCUGGGUUCAAGAUUCCCCGCGCCCUAGGCCCUGUUAUCAUUGAGAUGUUACGCGAGAGGCUAAAGAAGGGAGUCCUCGAACACUGCGACGGACCAUACAGAAACCCCUGGUUCUUGGUCAAGAAGAAAGGUAUCGGCAAAUACCGACUGAUCAAUGCAGCAAUGCUCAUCAACAAGGUCACCAGAAGAGAUGCAAACAUGCCUCCGGACGUUGAUGAAUUUGCCGAGGAAUUUGCCGGCAUGGCGCUCUCUUCACUUGUUGACCUAUACUCAGGGUAUGACCAAAUCACGCUAGCUGAGGAAGAUAGAGAUCUCACUGCCAUUCAAACCCCGAUUGGCCUCUUGCGGCAAACUACAAUUCUACAAGGAGGCGCAAAUUCUGUUGCGCAGUUUCAACGUGUGAUAUCAUGGAUCCUUCAAUCUAUCUUUGGCAUAGUUGCUAAACCAUUUCUUGAUGAUGUUGCUAUCAAUGGCCCACGAACAAAGUACGACGGUGAAUUUGCCAGGCCAGGAAUCCGCAAGUACGUCCUGGAGCACCUUCAAAAUUUGGACAAAACGCUAUAUCUCCUAGAGCUUGCCGGAGCUGCUAUUUCAGCCGAAAAGUCACAAUUUGCUAUGUCAGGCAUUGAGGUCGUUGGGUGGGUCUGCGACUUCUCUGGCAGACACGCUGAAGAAAGCAAAGUUGCCAAGCUACUAGACUGGCCAACCCCUAUUGACAAGGAUGCACUACGAUCAUUCGUCGGACUAGCGGUCUACUUCCGUAUUCUUAUCGAAGAAUUUCAGAUCAUCAUGGAACCGCUCUACAGAUGCCUCAGGAAGAACGUCACAUUCGCAUGGAAGGAUGACCAGCAACAAGCGUUCGAUAGAGUGAAAACUGAGCUAUCCACGACUCCAACUAUCCUGCCAAUCGAUUAUACCAGCGAUCCUCUUACAGUCAUUGUCGCCGUUGAUGCUUCUGGAAAGGGGUGGGGUGCUGUGCUGAUGCAGGAAAGAAACGGUGUCCGAAAGCCGGCGAGAUAUGAGUCAGGAACGUGGUCUGAAUCACAGCUUUCCUACGAUUCGGGAAAACUGGAAUGCCGCGCAGUCCUCAUGGCACUGAAGAAGUUUCGCCACUGGCUAUACGGCAUCCACUUCAUACUAGAAACCGACGCGAAUACACUUGUGGCCCAAUUGAAUAGACCGGCUACUGAUUUGCCUGGUGCAUUGGUUACGAGGUGGAUGGCUUGGAUACGCCUGUUUGACUUUGAUGUGAAGCACGUACCUGGACGGAGAAAUAGCGCAGCAGACGGUUUAUCGAGAAGGAGUCCCACGGCUAGCGAGCUAAGCGCCCAGCGGCGCGAGGUUGACGUUGAUGACUUUAUUGACGCGGAGAUCUCUUACCUUAGGGCGAGCUGUCUACCAGCCCGAGCAGCUAUGAUAUCCGAUGACAACGCUGACGACGGAGAAGAAGACGAUUUACCUGAGCAAGAAGCAACGUUGCUAAGACCUUUAGGAGAUGGUUAUUCAGCCGAAUCACAGCAAAUUGCGCGUUUCCUUAUAACGCUACAACGGCCUCCUAAGAUGUCAAGGUCUCAGUUUUACUACUUCCGAAGGAAAUGCACAAAGUUCGUGGUCCAAGACAGUCAUUUGUUCUAUCGCUACAAAGGAAGAACAGAGAUUCUCCGAAGAGUCCUUGACAACAAAGAAGACCAGCAACGAGCCCUAGAAGGGACGCAUACUGAACUUGCCCACAAAGGACGCGAAGCCACUUACGCACUGCUCAAGCAUCGGUACUACUGGCCACGUAUGUAUGAAGAAGCGGCUUCGUAUGUUCGUACGUGUGUUGAGUGCCAGGCACGGGACCCUGUCAGACUUAGUGAGCCCGCGAAUGUCACUACUCUUCUUCGCAUGUUUGAUAGAUGGUACGUGGAUACAACUCAUAUGCCAGCAGAAGAUGGCGUCAAAAUCGUCAUUCAGGGAAGAGAGGCAGUCAGUGGAUGGGUGGAAGCCAGGACCCUGGCUAGUGCAGAUUCAGAGAGCGUUCAGUCAUUUAUCUUCGAAGAUAUCAUUUGCCGGCAUGGUUACCCGCGAGAGAUUGUUAUGGAUGAUGGUCCGGAGAACCGUGCCAAGACGCUAGCAUUUCUCAAAGACAAAGGAGUCAAAAAGGUGACAAUAUCGGCCUACCACCCUGGCUCAAACGGACCCGUGGAGCGAGCGAUGAGGACACUGAAAGAUGCUCUCUCAAAAAUGACGGGAGGUUACCCUUUUCAAAGACAUGCACCUAUCAACAGUUGGAGACCUCACUUUCAUGCCGCGUUGAUGGCGGAUAGGGUUACAGUCAAUGCCACAACAGGGCUCUCUCCAUAUUAUUUCCUAUACGGCAUUCAUGCAGUCCUACCAAUAGAGCUGGAGAUGCCCACGUGGAGCACACUGCCAUGGGAAACUGUCCGUGACCGCUCUGACCUUAUUGCCAUGCGGACAAGACAGAUCGAGCGCCGCGAGAAGGAUAUCGAAGAAGCCGUGCUACGCAUGAAUCGCCUUAAGGAGAACAAUGCAAGUUACUUCGACGAUCACCGCCGAACAAGACAAACCCCUCUGAAGAAGGAUGACUACGUGCUCUUACAUGAUAGCCAGAGGUCUACGGACAUGACAUCUGUACAGAAACUCCGCUUCAGGUGGCUCGGACCUUAUCUCAUUGACUCAGUGAAAGGGAAUGGGUCUUACUCGAUUAGGGAACUCGAUGGCACAGUGCUAAGCCAUAUCGGUGACAAAGGAGCAGAUGCUAUCAAUGGUGAUAGGCUGAAGAGGUUCUACCCUCGGGGAAUCGGGGAUCGUGAUAAUGAUGAUGGUGAUGGCACAGCUCACGGAGAAGCUAUACAGCAACCCCAUCAGCUACGUACGCGUAGGCCUGUUGGAAGACCAAGGAAGAAGAGGUAG